AUGGAGUACGCGAAACUGACCUCAAACUCAGAAGGUGCUGCUGCAAAACGACGUGGAAAGACUGCAGAUUCUUCUCAAAAUAGCAAGUCACAAGCCACAGCCCAUGAUGAAAAUGAAGAAUCUGAGGAUGAGUCGUCCUCAAGCGAAGCAAGUUCAACCCAGAAAUCCCAGAAAAAGCGAAAGGGAGAUGCGGCAUUGGGGAAUAAGGCACAUCCAACAAAGAAACGUGCUAAAACAGAUCGUACUUCUGUGGACUGUACGGAUGCUUCAGAAGGAGCAAGAAAACGUGGUCCCCGAAAUUCUUUAAGCGAGGGCAUCACGGACACUUUACUCCUCCUUGAGCGGGCCGCAGUAAUCCUCCAUGGUGCGAACAUUGAGGGCGACAUUUACCAGAUCCGUUUAAGCUAA